AUGUCUGGUCUCACCACUAAUCUCCGUCAACUGUUGCCUACAGCCUCAAAAACACCUUUCCAUUUCGCGGCCGGUCUUUGCUCUGGUCUCACAUCCUCCAUUCUUCUCCAGCCCGCCGAUCUGCUCAAAACUCGAGUCCAACAAUCGCAAGGAGCCGCCCUCCUCCCCACCCUCAAGGCCAUCCUCUCCUCUCAGAAUCCCAUUCGCGGACUAUGGCGUGGGACACUACCAUCAGCGCUGCGAACCGGAUUCGGCUCAGCUCUCUACUUCACCAGUCUUAACGCACUGCGCCAAGCCGUUGCGCAAAGUAAUCCAUUGGCUCUAGCUAGCCCAGUGACAGGUGUCAAGUCGUCAUCUGUUCUUCCCAAGCUCUCCAACACUGCGAAUCUCGCCACGGGUGCCGUUGCAAGAGUUGCCGCGGGCUUCGUCAUGAUGCCCGUGACCGUCCUGAAGGUCCGUUACGAGUCCGAUUACUAUGCAUACCGCAGCUUGCUGGGUGCAGGUCGAGACAUUGUACGCACUGAAGGUUUCCGCGGACUCUUUGCAGGGUUCGGCGCGACUGCUGCUCGUGAUGCCCCAUAUGCAGGUCUCUACGUUCUCCUAUACGAGCAAUUGAAGCGCCGAUUGGCCCUGAUGACCACACAAUCCAGCGACGGAGCCACCGUAUCUAGCGUGUCCUCCUCUUCCAUCAACUUUGUCUCAGGCGCCGCCGCAGCAGGCAUGGCAACCGCAAUCACCAAUCCAUUCGACGCUGUCAAGACCCGAGUGCAGCUCAUGCCCGCUAAAUACGGGAACAUGGUACACGCUACGCGCCUGAUGCUUCGCGAAAAUGGUCUGCGCAGUCUCUUUGGUGGCCUGGGUCUUCGCAUGGGCCGCAAAGCCAUUAGCUCGGCGCUUGCAUGGACCGUUUAUGAGGAGCUGAUCCUGCGCGCUGAGAAGCGCUGGGAGUCCAACCACCAGAUGGGACUAUAG